CAAGCAUCAUAACACACAUCUCGGUCCACCGCUUCACAAACAUACGUUUCCACACAGCUUCAAAUCAACACGAGUCCGUCUGCUUCAUCAGAACUAUAUAUUUAAUGUUAACACCCAAAAUAAAAACUCAACCAACACAUCAAGCAGAAAAAGCGAGGGGCUUUAACCAGCUCACUGAGAGACUAUGAAGAGGUCAUUCAUAUUUUUACUGGCAGUAACUUUCUUCUGUCCUGUUCAAGCAGGUGUUUUGACUUGUGAACCACGGCAGUAUCAGUGUGGCAAUGGAAAGUGUAUCACGUCGAGAUGGGUGUGUGAUGACACUGAUGACUGUGGAGACGGCACCGAUGAGCUUCCCGCUGCCUGCUUGGCCAAGACCUGCAGACCUAGUGAGUUCAGCUGUGGUGGGCGACUGAACCAGUGUGUGCCAAAAAGCUGGAAGUGUGAUGGCAAAGCAGACUGCGAGAACGGCGCGGAUGAGGAAGGCUGCGAUCCUCGGCGGUGCCUGGACGGCGAGUUUCGCUGCGGCAGCGGCCAGUGUGUGAGUGCCGCGUUUGUGUGUGACGAUGAGAGAGACUGCGACGACGGAAGUGAUGAAGUCUCCUGUCCGCCCACCACGUGCGGCUCCGGCUCCUUCAGGUGCGACAACGCUCAGUGCGUGCCUCGACUGUGGGUCUGUGAUGGAGACGCCGACUGCGCCGAUGGCACUGACGAAUUACCUCAGAAAUGCAUCACAGGGACGCCUAAACCUACCAAAAACCCCUGCUCCUCUAUGGAAUUCCACUGUGGCAGUGGGGAGUGCAUACACAGCAGCUGGAAAUGCGACGGGGGAGAAGACUGUUUGGAUCGCUCCGAUGAGAAAAACUGCUCCUUGCCCACAUGCAGACCGGAUGAGUUCCAAUGUGGUGACGGAUCUUGCAUCCAUGGCAGCCGGCAGUGCAACCACGUAUAUGACUGCAAAGAUUUGAGCGAUGAGCUGGGCUGUGUUAAUGCAACCCAUUGUGAGCCACCACACAGGUUUAAGUGCCGCAGCGGUGAAUGCAUCAGCAUGGAAAAAGUUUGCAACAAGCAACGGGACUGUCGGGAUUGGUCCGACGAACCGUUACGAGAAUGUGAUUCCAAUGAGUGUCUUUAUUACAACGGGGGUUGUUCUCAUAUAUGUAAUGACCUAAAGAUUGGUUACGAGUGCCUCUGUCCCACUGGCUUCCAGUUAGUGGAAAAGAGACGCUGUGAAGACAUUGAUGAGUGCUCCAAUCCAGACACCUGCAGCCAAAUCUGCAUCAACCUGAUGGGUAGUUACAAGUGUGAGUGCGAGGAUGGCUACCAGAUGGACCCAGCCAGCAAAGCUUGCAAAGCUAUUGGAACCAUCGCCUACCUAUUUUUCACCAAUCGCCAUGAGGUCAGGAAGAUGACUCUGGAUCGUAGCGAGUACGCACGUGUUAUUCCCCGCCUGAAGAACGUUGUGGCACUGGAUAUGAACGUUGCUUCAAGGGAGAUCUACUGGUCCGAUUUAUCUCUCAAAAAGAUAUACAGAGCACCAAUGGAUACAGCAGAUAACUCCUCUCAACAUAGUGUUGUGAUUGGGAGUGACUUAGAUGCACCUGAGGGUAUUGCUGUCGACUGGAUCCACGGGAACAUCUACUGGACAGACAGCAUUAAAGGUGCCAUCUCUGUGGCGACGGCGGAUGGAAACAGACGAAAGACUCUCUUCAAAGAAAACCUGGCCAAGCCACGUGCUAUUGUGGUCGACCCUAUUAAGAACUUCAUGUUCUGGACUGACUGGGGCACACCAGCUAAGAUCGAGAGAGGUGGUCUUAAUGGAGGGGACCGUUAUGCCCUAGUUACGGAUGACAUUGUCUGGCCCAAUGGAAUAACUCUUGACCUUUUGAACCAGCGUUUGUACUGGGUCGACUCCAAGCUACACACUCUCUCCAGCAUCGGCGUGCAGGGAGAUGGUCGGCGUACUCUGAUCAUUGACCAGGGCAAACUUGCCCACCCUCUGGGGCUCACUGUUUUUGAGGAGAAAGUGUUUUGGACAGAUGUAAGCAAUAAUGCAAUUCUAAGUGCAAAUCGUGUUACUGGAAGAGACAUCACGAAAGUGGCCGAACACCUCUCGUCCCCAGAGGACAUCGUCUUGUAUCACAACCUCAAGCAACCGACUGGAAUGAACUGGUGCAGGGUCAACAAUGGUGGCUGUGAAUUCCUUUGCCUGGCUGCCCCUCAAAUCAAUAGAUUCUCACCCAAAUACACUUGUGCCUGCCCAGACAACAUGAUGUUGGCCAGAGACAUGCGAAAAUGUGUUCAAGCUGUAGUCACAACAGAACCUCCUGUCAAGACUGAAAUAGUUACAACUAGUCAUCCUAAAGUACCGUUGAAGACAACGUUAAAUCCUGCUCCUGCGAUCCCUAACCGACCCACUCAAGCUACUCCAGUCAAGCCAUCCCAAACCACAACCAAACUUCCUUUAUCUACCCCGACAGAUGACCACCACAGUACUGUCAAAGCUGUGUUUCCGUCAUCGUCGCCCACAACGUUGACCUUGUACAUUAUACCUCCUCUUGCGAUCCUGUGUUUGAUUGUGGGUGGUGCUGUGCUGUUCUGGAGAAAGUGGCGUCAGAAAAAUACCAACAGCAUUCACUUUGACAACCCAGUUUAUCAAAAGACCACAGAGGACCAGGUGCAUCUAUGCAGAAACGGUAGUUCUGAUGGCUAUUUUUACCCACAGAGACAGGUUGUUAGCAUCGAUGAUGAAAUAUGACGUUGACAUUAAAGCCCAUGCCAAAACUGAUGUUUCAAGACGAGAGCCAUAUUGGAUGUCUUUUCUACUUGGAGGUCAGUUCUGCAGUAAAACAACAUCUGAGGAACGGGGGAGAUAAAAACUGCCUUUUCACACAAUGCAUCUGAUGCAAAAAAAAAACAAAACAAGCCAAAGCAGAUGCAAGAGAAAAACACCAAACACCAAAAACCUCAGACAACAACAACCUCAGCUGUCAAGACUGCUUAGUUUUUCACUUUAUAUAAAAUCAUGCAAACAUAUGAAUAUAGAUAUAUUUUAAUAGCACUUAAAAGGAAAAAUUAAGGUUUUAUUGUCACUAUAAAUUGUCUGAUAAAUUAUUGUAAAUAUUGUAUGUAUUGGUACAUUUUAAAGAUUCUUCUUUUUUGUCUAGGAUUAAAAAACGAACACUGCAUGCUAUUUUUUUCAUUCCAAACAACCGUUCGUGAUUUACCUGGUCUAAUUUAAUUCUUAGGUUAAUUACAGAUGCAGUACUUUCAAUGUAUGCAAAAGAGACUCUAUCAAGAGAUGUGCAAAGUCGGUUUUCCUUAUGUUAUAUGCCGUUGUUUACACCAUUUCAGUCAUCAAGAUUUUUUUUUGCCACAAUGGUCAAAGUUACUUCUGAUAACGGAAGUUCAUGGAAAAAAGACUUUGUCCAACAGCACCUGGUUGCUUUCUCAUAUGCAGUACUGAUACUGAAGUUACUUUUUUUGCUAUUAUAAAGUUCCUCGUUAUAUGAGCCAAUGAUUCCAGUGAUUUUUUUUUUUUAAUGAUUUUACUUCAGUGAAAAUGUGGAUGAUUCAUACCAGAUGCUAUUCAGGGAGUCAGAGAAUGUCUUUCAUUUUUAUUACAAACGUUUUGUAGUCAAGCUUGUGUGACAUCUGUUUUACAUUCUCACUGUGAAUGUGUAAAUAGUGUAUGUAAAUAUGUUUAUUAUUGCAUUUGCAUAUACAUAGCGUUUGUGUUUUAAUUAUGCAGUAUUGUAUAUAAAGAAGAGUUGUAUUUAUUUUCAUGAAUCUAGAUCUUUGGCUGAUAAUUGUCUUUUUUUCUUUUAUUUUUUGCUAUGUACAGUAAAAAAAAUUGUUUCUGUUAGUGCUGCCAAUCAAUGAAUUGCGAUUAUUCGCGUCAAAAAUAAAAGUUUUUGUGUACUAAUUUAUGUGUGUGCAAUGUGUAUAUUUAUGUAUAUAUAAAUACAUUAAUUAAUUGUUUAUAUUAAACAUAUAUGAAUAUAAAUAUACAUGUACAUGUUUUACAAAUAUAUAUUGUUUGUGGGUAUAUUUAUAUGUAAUAAAUAUACAAUAAUAUACAUAAUAACUAUACAUAAUAUACAAAGUACACACAUAUAUAAUUUUUUACUAAUUUCUGUACAUUCUGGUUGGUUAAUUGAUCUAGUGAUGCAUUUUCUGAGAAUUAAUUCAUGAGCGUUCUUGACCUGUGUGUAAAUCUAACUUGAAAUAAACUAUUUGAAGAUUUCA